AACUAAAGCUACUGUCAAAGAAGGACGGCGGACGGCGGGCGGCAGGGCCCUGGCUGGUGACCCAGGCUACAGGAUUCCGGACCUCAGAACUGAGGGGAACUCUCUCACCCGGUCCUAGAGUAGUGUCCAAUGUCCCCGAAAGGAUGCUCUGGUCCUUUUCAAGCUGCUCAGCUAUGGGAUGGUAUUAUUCACUCUCUUCAGUUCCAAGUGGAAAUAAAAAGAAGGAGGCAUCAUUUACAAACAUACAAAGACUGUUUUACUGGUUCUGAUGCUGUCGACGUGGUCUUAAGUCAUCUUGUGCAAAACACGUGCCUAAGUAGCAAUGACAUCUCUCGUCUUAAAGGAGUUCAUCUUUGCCAAGUUCUAAUGAAUCACAAAGUAUUUGAACCAGUAGGAAUGAAGAAGCUUUUCAAAAAAGAAAAGGAAUUGGAAUUUGAAGAUUCCAACAAUAGUCUCUACAGGUUUCUAGGCAAUAAAUCAUCUUACGAUUGUUGCAAAAGACAAAAGGAUGCUGAGAAUGAGUUCAAUGAAAACUUGAGACCAGAAUAUGAAGUGAUUUCAAAUCCUCUAGCACAAGAGAUUGGUGAGGAAAGAAUUGAGGAACUUAUUCAUACAAUAAAUGGAAAUCCAGCUUUAUGUCCAAAUAUCACAGUUCAGAAACCUUUUCUCCGGCUUUCAAAAGAAGGAGUUUCCUUCUACACAGCAAUUACAUCAGAUAAGACAGAUGUUUGGAAAGAACAAACAUUAUUAUGUCUUCUUCAAUUGAUUCACCUUCCAUUCUUGGACAAUAUUUUGGAGCCUCCAGUUAAAACACAAAAUUUUCAGUUAAACAAAGAGGAAGAUCUUGUUAUCACUAACACUUGCCUAGACAGAGAACUUAUUCCAAGCUUAUGUCCACCUGAGAUCGAUAACUGGCUUAAUGCAGCAAUUGAAUGCUUGGAGUAUUUCCCUGACCAGUUAAUAGUUACAGUUAGUCAGCAGUUAAUGCAAAACAGAAAUGAAGAGACAAGAUUGAACAGUCAGAAGAAGAUACUCUUUGAUGUCAUAGCAAAAUACUAUGCUCAAGAGAGAGAUUGCGUAUUAACUGAUGAGUAUUUUUAUAUUCAUUCAGGAAUUAUUGAACUUUUAGAAAAUGAGAAAAGAGCAGAAGCACUUGAAGCAAUACAACUAUAUCUAAGAUUGCUGUUGCUGAACAUUAGAGAAGAAUUACGACGGCUACUUACUUUUAUGGCAAUGGCAUCAGAGCCCAAUGCCUACAAGUUGCAAAAACAGUAUGAUAAUAAAACAGUGGUCCUGAAAACUCUUGCCAAAUCAGUUUUGCAAGCCAAGUCAUUAUUAAAAGUGCGGGCAGAACAACUGAUCUGGUUUCUACUGGAGUACCACUCUGAGCUCUUCAAGACACCAGUUACUUUAUUGGAUCUGGUUAGUAAGAAACUUAAGAAGCUUCUACAUGGAGAAGAUGCGGAUGCCAUAUCAGACAGGAUCUCACUAUGUUGCCCAGGCUAAAAUAUAGUGGCUAUUCACAGGUGCAGCUGUAGCACACUGCAGCCUCAAACUCCUAGGCUCAAGCAAUUCUCCUACCUCAGUCUCUUGAGUAGCUGGGACUGCUGACACAUGCCGCCAUGCCCAGCCUUCUCCUACUCUCUGUAUUUGUCCUGAGAUUAAAGUAUCUGUGGAAUUGUU